AUGCAAGGCAGCAGCAACUGGUACCCUCGACAACCACAGAGGAGUAACCAACGCACAGAUGGUCAUCACUCUUCCCCAGAAGCUCCCGUGAAUCGCUUGGCAGCGGAUUCGGUACAGGACGCUCAUCGCCUCCUGGCAGUAUUCCCAACUGCCUCAGCAACCCCUUCAGUGCAUGUUGCGAGACAUCUUGAGACCAUGAGCAUGACCGCCGCCCCUCCGUCGUUCGCUCAACCCGGGUAUUAUAACUCGUACGGCCACGUUCCUCAGGGGAGUCCAAAUCAAUACACGGAGUACUCACAGGAAUUCGAAUAUAUUUCAUCUCCACAACACGCCGAUGCCCAAUCCGCCUACUGGCAAAGGACGAGGAACGAUGCAGUCAGAUUGUUGCGGAACGAGGUUGACCCCGCAUAUAUGCACCAUAGUCCUUCGGCGUGGCAGCCACAUACUUCACAAGCGACCAAUCCUUUUGCUCAAUCUGUAUUUCAGCAUAUGGCUCCCUCCAAUGCAUACCCAACUCCCCCACCACCAGGGUUUAGCACCGCUUCGUCUUCAUUAGCAUAUGCGCUCGGCGCACCUCUGUCUCAAAACUCACAGAACCAACUCAAUCACCGCCCCCAGCAAUCCACCCAGUUCUUCAAUCAUUUUUUGGAAGACAAGUCGCGCGAAAUGCACACAACCCAUCCCCAGCAGAGCAUCAAACAACAGCCGCAGUCGAUACCACCUGAAAGCCCUGAUCCACUGUCUCUCAAGGCUGUCACUCCCCGGAAACGCAAGCUUGAACCUGUAAUAGAGAUUGUAACCCCUCCUGCUUUCAAACGCAUGCUCGCCAGUAAACCUCAGUUACCGCUGACGCCUCAUACUAGCUCUCCUUCUAUCCCACCUACUCCUGUCACUGCACCUAAAACUCCAAAGCGCCAGUUUACGAUGGAGUGCGUCGAGAUACCUACUGUACCUUGGGCAACACCCGCAAAGAAGAGGCGCAGUGAAGAAGAUACAGGUGAUGAAUUUGGUGGAUACGGCUCUGUCGACGAUACAAGCAUCAGACGAUCCCAGGACCAUGUUGUAUCCUCCUCCAAACGCACUGGUGAUAGGGACGAUAGGGCUCCGCUGGAAAGACUGAUAUCUCUCAUAGAGGACAUCUUCGAGGCAGAGGAUUCCUUGCCUACCGACGUUGAUAUCACCGAUCUUCCAUCAGCAUUCUUCUCUCCCCUGACAGUCGACCCGCAACACCCCCUUCUGCAAUCAGGUAUUAUAAGGAAGCUCACCAAAUACAUCACCCAAGUUGCACGACCGCCGAAGCGUAUGCAAGGACUCAGCGGUGGGCCUGGAACGCCACGGGUGAAGGGUAGGAUGGCUGGUAUCGACGUAGGUAUAUUAUCACGCAUUCUGAAAAUCGUAGAGCGGAGUGUGCAUGCGGGCGAAGAUUUGGAUGUUUUCCCCGGUGGGCCGGUGAUCAAGCAGACGCAGGAGAGAGAGAAGACAGCCUCUCCUCGAAAACCUACAGCUAAAUCCAAGAAGGUCUCUGAACGGCGUUCAAAAUCCAAGACGCCUGUAGAUAGUGACGACCCACUCCCACCUUCCGCCCCGCAGUCUUCUAACGCUGCAGAUGUCGAAGUUGAUUUUGAGAAACUGGCUAGAACUCUGGAGUUGGCAAAAGAGAGUGUCCUUGCUGCGGACUGCUGCAUGGCAUUGCUAGCUAGCGAUAGGUUGCCGAAACAAAUUUACUCGGAGGAGUUAAUCACAUCCUGCCUUUCGACAGUCAAGAAUCAAUUGACGAAGGCGAUCUAUCCCUUCGUUGAAGCCUCGACAGAUCUCGACGCCAGUCAUACUCAUCCAACCCUCUAUCAUCUCGUUAAAUCUACCACCGCCUCCUCCACGAAGGCCAAGAACAAUCGUCGCCUUCUGGGCGAGGUAUUCCAGGCCCUCUCCUCUAUCUUACCCCGAGUGAAUUCACUGAUCAAUGCAGAGACCGUUGCAAUGUCCGAUUCCAUCAUCAUCCAGGCGGUGUAUAUUGCAAUCGGACCUUUCUUUGUCGUUGAUUCCGGAGAAGGGGAUACGAAAGGCAAGAAGGACAGUGUUGUGCUCAACACAUUUGGAAAGAGUGCUAUGAGGGGUUUGAGGUUGGAUGCUCUGGCUCUUAUCCGUAGUAUUUUUGCUAACCACGAAGAACAACGGUCAUGGAUAAUCGAGGAGAUAUUGUCCUCGUUGAUCAAGCUGUCGGAUGCUAAGCAGAAGGCAGGGCAAUUCCGUCUUCGGGAUGGUCGUUCAAUUAGGACCGUAUCUGCUCUCCUGCUUCAACUAGUCCAGACAUCGGCCCAUGAUGUCAGACUAGAGGCAAGAAGAAUUGCAAAGGCCCGACAGCAAAGCUUUGCCAUGAAACGGCAGGAGAGCUUUACGGAGAGCCAGCAAGCAGUGGAAGAGCCAUUCCUUGAUGAACAUGAUCUCGAGGAAAUCAAGUUAUAUACGACCGGAUUAGAGUCAGCCAUCAAGUCCGCGAAAACUAUCGUGCUCUUCUUAACUACUAGAUCAGGGAAGGGCAAAGCCACCAAGAAUUCCAACGAGGCCGAAUAUAGGACCAUUUUCGAUAACCUCAUCUCCGAUUUACUUGUUGUCUUGUAUUGGCCAGAAUGGCCUGCGGCAGGAUUGCUGCUCAGCAUCGCCUGUAAAUUCAUGGUUGGAUCACUUGACGAUGUAAACUCGGCUACUCAAACGGAUACGAAUGCGGCCAAAACCAUUGCACUUGACCAUCUUGGCGUCAUUGCGGCUCGUAUUCGAUCAAGUGCGCUCAAAGUUCAAAAUGUGUCAGACAAUCCCGACUCAAAGGUCAAGGCUUUGAAGCCUUUGGACGAGAUUGUUGCAGAUCUCAGCCAGCGCCAUCUAGAUAAAUUGCUCGCUGUUCACCGCGAUGUAGCUUCACACCUCAGCAAGCGAGCAUCCGAGGAUCAGGCAUAUGAUAGUGCUCGCGAACUAACUGCGGCAACUUUGGGGCAAGAGCUUUCACGAGCGCUUGAACAAAUCAACGCUUGGGUGACGAAGCAGGAAGAUGAUGGAGACCUCAACCUGAAGGAUAGUAAACGGUUGUUGACCUUCGGUGGGAGCAUCAAGGCUGCGAUGAGAGAUGUUUGGAAAGAUGCUGGGGCAGACGUAUUUGACGUUGGGUCGCAAGACGAAGUGUCCCGCGUCGAUCGAAUGUCCGAAGAGGUUGGGACGAUUCAGGCGCUACGCAACUCAUUCACACCUAUUCUCAAUAUCAUUUUGACGUCUCUCGACGCACCAGCUAUAUUCAUGCGGACGAAGGCCUUGCGGGCGCUUGGACAAAUCAUUACCAGCGAUGCUAACAUCUUAUCAGCGCCAAAUGUGCGGCGUGCUAUCGAAAGUCAUCUUUUGGACAGCUCACCAGCUGUGCGUGACGCUGCCGUCGAACUUAUUGGCAAGUAUAUGGUGGAUUCCCCAGAGGUCGCUAGCGACUAUUAUCCGAAAAUUGCCGACCGAAUUGCAGACACUGGAUUGUCUGUGCGUAAGAGAGUCAUCAAGUUGCUGAAGGCUUUCUAUGGCGCUACGGAGGACAUACCAAGGCGUAUUGACAUCGCUACCCGUCUAGUACUGCGCAAUUUCGAUGAAGACGACACCGUGAAGGAUCUUGCGGUCAAGUCGAUUGAAGAGCUGUGGUUUCAGAAUCCGCUUCCGCCAUCUGCUUUGAAGAAGGGUGGUUCAAGCCACAAUGCAAGCACCAAAGCACCGCUUCUAAACAGAGUGUCAGUGGUCAUGGGUGUCGCCGCCAACUUCAGGGACCGCCAGUCGCCGCUUGAGGAUACAUUACAUAGAAUUGUGGCCGACAAACAAGAUUCGGAAGCGGCCUCUCUUCAUGCACAUUACUCUGAAAUAUGUGAGGCACUAAUAGAUGGUUUGGUCGAUGAUUCCGAUUUGCCUGGCUUCACGGUUCUUAAUUGCAUACGAACCAUCUACUUAUUCACCCUGGCCUAUCCUGCCAUACUCUCCGGCUCGCACGCAUCAACCCUCCUACCAUACCUAAAAAAUGCCACUUCAGCCGAAGAGCAGGCUACUUCCGACUACCUUCUCAAGAUCUUUCGCGUUUCUAUCCCGCACAUGCCGAAGACCGAGGCCAAGUUUGGCGCUGAAUUGCAGAUAACUCUACAACCCAUGAUUGUUAAGCCGUCAGGGGGCAUCCUGGCUUUGCAAGAAACCGUUGCAUGCAUGUGUACCGUUGUGCAACACCUCACCCACGAUUUCUCCCGCCUGGCCGCGUUGUUGAAAUCAUGCAAUGCUCGACUACAGCAAACCAUCCAGCAACCCAGUGAUAAACCAGUGACGCCCAAUGAAGCCAAGGCACAGUCUGUUCUCAUAUUCAUUGUUUCCCUUCUCGGCGAACACUGCAAUUUCGAUCGGCUCCGUGAGAGUAACCCAAGCCUCGCGUCCGUACUGAAUAGCGUCACCCAAGGCUCUAUCAUGGAACACAUAUAUGCCAGCCUGUUAAAGCUAUAUGAUAAGUAUACCGAUGCGACCCUUCGUGGAAGGAUUCUGCAGUGUUUAGAAACCACCAAGGGCAAAUCCAAAUCCCAAGACGUCGAUAUGGAAGAACUUGUUGGUAACACGGAUGGUUUCGCCGACUCGGGCGUAAGCUCCGCCGUCGUCCAACGAUACCUAUCCCAAAUUCUUGAGGCUGCUCUGUCCCAGAAUUGGCAAAUCCAAGCGGCAGCAAUAGAUAUCCUAACCUUUACCAUUAAACAAGGCCUUGCCCACCCCCUUCAAUCUGUUCCGGUCAUCGUAGCAUUGGAGACUAGUUCCAAUGCUGCUCUGAGUAAUCGCGCCAGCGCACUGCACGCGAUCCUACACAGUAAACAUGCGUCCCUGCUGAACUCCCGCUACGUCGAUAGUGCUCGUGCUUCAUUUGUCUAUCAACGAAAGAUAGCAUCUGGUCCCAUCCAAGGUUACCGAAUGGAACCUACUCCCACUGCCCUUCUCCAGCGAUGGUAUUCACUAGUAAAAGAAAAGCGUGCUUCCAGACAGGAUUUUUUGCGAUCCUUGGUAAAAGUAUUCGAGGGCCGACCAUCUGAGCAAUGCACGCAGGAUGACGUCGAUUUCACGCGUUUCAUGGCCGAGAACUUUGCAUCCUUGGACUACAAGACGCAGGAGGAAGUGAUGACUGUGAUAAAGACCUUGACCGCCAUUCUAUCUACUACUGGCACCCAACUACUGGAGAUAAUUUCCCCGUCGCAUCUGCUAUCGCAACUUAAGGCUCCUGCUGAUCCAUCAAAUCAGCCUGGAUCUAUGAAUGACGUAGGGACCCCUGAUCCUCCAACCAUGUUGGCAACUGUUAUCAUUGGGAUGGUGAUGCUGCUUAAGGCCUACCUCAAAAGCCUUUACGGAAUAUCGGAAGAUAAAUGUAACAAAUUUAUCAUCGGCAAAAAGAGUGCGCUUGGCGACAAGGCUGCUGUGCGUCGGCACGAAACCCCUAUUUCAUGGGAGCGUCUGCCUUUUGCAUCGACGCCACUCCUGACAAGCGAAGACAUGGCUGCUCAACGAGCAAGAUUCUUGGACAUAUGGAACGAAGAUGGUGUCACAGCCGAACCGGACGACGAAUUCUCCUAG